AUGAGAAGGUGUUUUCUACAUCCUCAAUAAGAAAUGAAAUUUAUUGUACUAAAUCAUCAAUGUUAACAUUUCACUCGUUUAGUUUGCUCUUAAUGUUUAGAUGAAUUUUAAUUAGAUUAUUAAAGACAUGGAAUUCAAGAAUUAUCUAAGGUAUUUAUAAAACAUAUUAAUUAGAUUGAAUAAUAAUUGUGUAAAAUAUUCUUUCCUUUAAUCAAAGAUGAAAAUGUAAAAUAAAUGAUAUUUGAUUUCUAUCAAACUGAAUUCUUUACUAUUUCAGAUUAAUAUCAAAAAUUGAGAGAAAUCUGUAAGAAUACUAUAGAUCUAAUAUAGAAUUUAGUUAAUAAAUUAGAUGUAUUGAUUUAAUAAGUCAAACUAAAAUAAAUAGUAUUUGUUUAACAAGUAUAAAUAUAUUUAUAUAUAUAGACUUUUCAAUUUCAUAAAAUAAAAGAUCUAUUUACUGAUUUAAAUUAAGUUAAAUCAAAAGAUAUUUAAUCUAUAAUGUAAUAAAAAGUGACUGAUUAUUUCAGAUACAUUAGAAAAUUAACACCAGAAUAAGUUCAUAUAUAGAUUCAAUAAUAAAAAUAAGAAAAUUCAUCAGAUAUAGAAUCUCUUUAAGUAGAUGAUAUGAUUACAUCUUAUUAAGCAAUUAUUACAGCAAUGAGAGAUUUAGAAUUGAGAAAGGUUUCUAAAAUACCAAAACCAGUUCAUCAAUAAGGUUGUGGUACCUUGUUAUAAACAUUAGAAUAAAUUAUUAGCAAAAAGCAAAAUGAAUAACUAAAGGCAGAAUUAGUUUAUAAUCAUAAAGAAGAUUAUGAAAAAGUUUAAUUUUGGACUAAAUUAUCAGGAUAAUCAAAUACUCUUGUCAUUUGUAAAUAAAAGAAUUCUUAAUACUUUGGUGGUUAUACUCCAUCUUAAUGGUAAUAUGGAUUUCCUGGUAAAGAUCCAAAUUUAAUAACUUUUUUAUUUUAAUGUUAUGGAUAAGAAUUGAGAAUACAUACUAUUAAUAGAGAACUUAGAUAAAGAGCAAUAAAUUGUGGAGUAAAAUAAAUGGAAUUUGGAUAAAAGAAUUUGGUUAUAUCAACAGAUUUUUAAAGAGUUGAAAUGAAAAUAUUUCCAGGAUUUUCUGAAUAACCAGACAAAUAUCAUGUUUGUUAAACUAUUUCAGAUGAAUAAGAUAUAUUUAAAGUAUAUUUGUUAAAAAAAAUCUCUUGA